CUUUGCUGUUAGUUUUGAAAUUUGUCAGUUGUUUUCGCGGUACGAACUGUGGUGACUAGUAAUUGAUAAUAGAAACAUAACAAAUAUUGUACGAUGACCACGUAAAGCAAUUUCGGUUGGAGUAAGAUGCGAAUUUAGAGAAAACAUUGGACGACCACUGAAUGAAUGCAAUCUACGCUAGAUUUGAAGCUGUUUUUGGGGCGUCCUUUUAUCCCUCCGGUUUGUUGUGAUUGGUCAAAAUGUAAAUGUUUUGACGUGGAUACUUAUUUUAGAAAAUUGUGUGCCCGAAACCGCUCUGGUUGUGAAAAAGUAGGUAAGGUGCGCCCCGUACAAAUUUGUGUGGUUUUAUUAACCUGAAACCUUAAGUGAAAUCAAAGAUAAGAAACGGACACAAUUCAAAAUAAACUAAGAAUAUGGCUGAAAAUGAAAGCCAUUCCAAGAUCAAGAAGAGGAAAGCCUUCCUUUCUGAUAGUGAGGAUGAUGAAGUGUUAAAGAAACAUAAGGCUGCUGAUUCAGAUGAACCUACAGAUAGAGAAGUGGAUUUACAUGGGAAAAUUCCAGAGAAAUAUGCAAUGGAUUCCCAGCAGCCAAUAGAAGGCAAGAAGAAUGGCAAAUAUGAAAAGUUUGUAGAAAAUGGUUUGACUGAUUCAGACAGUGCCGGUACUGACGUCGAACCGACUACUGAUGACGAAUGUCCUCAGCCUAACCGUAGACCGAAAAAGAAAAGGAAAAUAAGCAUUAAAAAUGAGAGGAGGUCAAGGAAUAACUUACAAGUAGGAAGUAGCUCAGAAUCAGAUGAUGAGGGCCCUCUUUCUCCAAAGUCACCAUCAUCGAAGAAGUCCUUCAGGAGACGUAGGACAAUUUCUGGAGGAAAAGCUCCCAGCAAAAAGAGUUCUGAUUCUGAAAGUUACAAAACAGAUUCUGAAUCUGAUGAAGACUCUCAAAACCUAGAACCAAGUAAAGGCAGUACUACUACUACUGAGAUGAGACCUAGAGGCAAAGAACAUGGAACUACAUCACAAGCACGAAAAGAGAGGAAGCAUGCCAAGGACAAGGUAGAGGAGGGCAGUAGUGACUCAGAGGACGACGUACCUCUCCAAAAACCGAAACACCAUUCCUCAUCGGAAGGAUCAGAACGGGCAACCAAAUAUAAUGAGGAGCAUGUGUCUCCGAAAAAAGACAAGUGUGAAGCGACCACUGAAUCAAAGAAGGUUAUUGACAUAGAUACACUAAGCUCUUCCAGUCAGUGUUCAAAUCCUAAAGGACCCCACAAGAGAGAGAAAACAGAGAGAAAUAUGAAACAAGAGAGCAGCAGUGAUGGAGGCAAGGUAAAAACAGAUCCUGAAACAUCAGAUGACUCUGAAGAUGAGACUCCCAGGAAUACAGAUGCAGCAAAACAUGGAAGUACGUCAGGGGACUCUGACAGUGAACCUUUAAUCAAAGGGAAGCCCAAUAGGGAGGAGAUAAAGAAGGAGAAGAUAAAGAAGGAGGAAAGUUCAAAUGACUCAGGAUCUGAUUCAAGUCAUGUAGAGAAAACAGCAAAGGGUGCAGAGGCUAAAAGAAGAUCUGAGAGCCCUUUAAACAAUGCCAAGAAUAAGAAACUUCAUAAUGACUCGGAUAGCAGUUCAAGCAAAGAAAGUACAAAGAAAGAGAAACGACGGAAAAAUAAGCUACCAGAUGAGGACAAACGAAUUAUAUCUCUUAAGAAAUACCUGAAGAUAGCAGGUAUUCGUGUUCACAACUAUUCAGAUCUGUGGAAGGAUUGCCGCAGUAACAAAGCGAGAGCACAGAAGUUGCUGUCACUCCUUGAGGAGAAUGGUCUCAAAGGGCGACCAACUAUAGAAAAGUGCAAGAAACUCAGAAAGAAGAUUGAAACCCGAAGGGAAGUGGAGGAAUUGGACUUGGCAAAUGUCAUGGAAUGUGGAGAAGGCAGAACUCGGCGUUCAAGGCAAAGAACGUCUAUUUCACAAGAGCUUCCUAAUGAAACUCCGCAGACAUCUUCAGAUGUAAGGAAGCGCCUCCAAGUGCUAGCUGAUAGUGAUUCAUCUGAAUCGGACUAAUACAUAUGCAGAUUAUCAGAUUCUUUUUUAAGAGUCAGAUAUUUUAGGGCAGAUGUUGUUUGAAUAAUUUCAUAAUUCUUUUUGUAGAAUGUAUGUACAUAGCUGCAAGUAUAAGUUCCAUGUAAUAGCACAACAGAAGAUGCUAAUAAUUGGAUGUGUUCCCAGAAUAUCAUGACUAAAGGCUGAUAUUCUCCAUAAACAAAGAUUUUUACUCAUCUUUACCUCAUUAGUUAAUAUUUAAGUUCUAGUUUUAGCGUCAUAUUUCUGUAGACAAGAUUUUGUACACAUUAUUCUUAAGAAAAAGAGAUUUGUUUUUAGUCAUAGACAUAGUUUAAGAAUUUAAAGUUUACUUUGUAGCUUGACACUAAUGAAUUGUACAGUAAAUAGUUUGUAGCAAUAGUAAAUCUGUGUUAAACUUAAUAA